AUGUUUACCUGUGGAACAUGCUGGCGACAGUUUCCGGCCGGCUGGCAAUCGCGGGAGCAGCAUAUGAAUGCCACUGGCCACGAGGCUCCUGCAUUUGAGUGUGACACGUGCGACUGCUACUUCGGUAGCCGGAAUGCAGUUGAACAGCACAUGAACGAUCUGGAUCACUGGGACGAAUCGGAGGAAUCAGAGGAAUCGGAGGACAUCGUCUACGAAUGUGAUCAUUGCGACGACGAGUUUGAUGAAGAAAAUGAGCUACACGACCAUGAAGCUCGGGACCAUUUCUACUGUGUCGUCUGCGAUCGCCCAUUCCAGGAUUGGCAUAGUAUCAGCCAGCACCUACGCGGCAAAGCUCAUCGCACAACUACAGUCCAGUGUCCCUUCUGCAAAGUUAUGCUAGGAACCGCCACCGGACUGGCCCAUCAUCUCGAGAGGGGGAGCUGCUCUAAAGCUCCUCUCAACCGUGAUAAACUAUAUGCCGCCAUCCGCCAGCGGGAUCCGGGCGGUAUUAUUUCGAACAAAUUACUCACUUGGUCAGGUAAUGUAACCUAUGCCGCCACAAAGAAAGCAUGGAACGACCAGGCUGAGGCCUAUGAAUGCUAUCUUUGCCAUCGUCUCUUCGAAAAACUGGGGUCUUUGAACCAACACUUGGGCUCUCCUACUCAUCAGUCAAAACUCUAUCAUUGCCCGGGAGUCUCUUGCAGAAAGGAAUUCACCACUCUAGCCGCCAUGAUCAACCACCUGGAAAGUGAGAGUUGUGGGUAUAUGCGUUUUGAUGUUGUUCAGAAAAGGGUUCAGUAUAUUGUAGAUCCACGUCGUAUGAUUCAAGCAUGA